AUGGAUGAAUAUUUAGACUAUUCGAAUAGGUGGAUUUUUACUAAAAGGUGUUGUCCAAAAGAUCGGAAGUUGAGCGAAUGUUGUCAAGGGUUGGGGGAUUCGGUUGAGAUUUACCUUCUAUUUCAGGCAAGGGAGGUUUUGCUGCAGUUUUUCCUAAAGAAAAAAAUGGCAAUGCUUAACACGAGUGACCAAAAAUACGCUAUAUUUGUCAGAUCCGAGGCCACCCUUAGGUCUUGGCUUUCAGAAAUGGGCGAUAGCCCCUCGAACCCGAACCUACUAGUACUAGAUUUAGACUAUAUGGAUUGUUGCCUAGUAGCUGGCCAAGAUCCAAGACACAAGGGUCGACUCAUAUUUAAAGCUUCACUUCGCUUCGCUUCGUUUGUUGGGUCUUCUUUUCUUCGGGUGAUAACGCCGGUCACAUGUAUAGGAGACCAACUGGGCAUUGGUCAUGGUAUAAAAUAUCUUAUAGAAGCUCAUAAAGGUCCAUUUACGGGUCAGGGCCAGAAAGCCUAUAUGAGAUCCAUGGGUAAUAUUGAUAGGUCAAAAGCAAUGUUGAAAUUCUGCUGCAUCACAUUUCCGAGUAUGGCUGUAUUUCUCCCGAGUAAAGAUGACGGAAGGAUCGCGAGGCAGAAAAGAUUAUCAUCGGCCUCAACGAACACAUUAUCCGGUGUCAACUCCAUGUAUGCUCGGUUCUGGAAAUGCAACUUCACUUUCGGGAACGGUUUGAGAUAA